AUGGAGUUUGAAAAGGCGUGCGAGGACAAGAACCCGCAGAAAGCCUAUGCUCUACUAAAACAGUAUCGCGGCAAAAUGAAAAGACGUUCUCCUGUCCUCAACACUGUCAAUGGAGUAGCUGUCGGUGAAGCAACUAUUCCAAUUUGGAGGGAACACAUUAAGACCUUGCUGAACCAGCAAACACCGUCAGCUCCUGAACUCGAACACGUUCAUAGGCCGACAUAUGCGGUUAACAAGGAGCCACCGACCGAGUCGGAGGUUCUAGUCUGUAUUCAAAAAAUGAAUAAUGGAAAAUCCGGUGGAGACGACGGGAUUAGCGCAGAAAUGCUAAAAUAUCUUCCUCCGUCUGGGACUCGUGUGGUGACCAAGAUCAUCCGUUCAAUAUGGACAGAUGAAAGGAUACUUGAUUCCUGGAGAAACGCUACCAUAAUUCCCCUCCACAAGAAGUUAUCCGUCACGUGCUCUAGGAAUUAUCGAGGAAUCUCUUGCUGCAUGCCAUGCACAAGGCGUCUUCUCAACGCGCUCUGCGCCGAUGGAGUACCAGGAAAGUUCGUUCGCUUGUUUGAUGACCUGAAUCAACGAACAAUUGCUGCAGUUCGAACACCGGUCGGAUGUACAACACCGUUUGAGGUGGUAACUGGAGAAAGACAAGGGGCAGUGGCAGGACCCUUCCUGUUCAAUUUCGCCAUCGGGGACAUUAUGCGAAGAACAGUAGAUCAGUGUCCUGCCGAUAUCAUCCUAGCACCAUUAGGACACCCCUUGAUCGAUAUCGAGUACGCUGACGUUCGCGAUUCGAUGUUGUUACAUUGGCGGGAAGCAGUACGAAACUUGUUAUCACAUGUCAACAUGUUGUCAACCUUGUAUCGAAGUUGGUUGCAGCAUAUGGACUAUGUGUGCGCCCUGAUAAAUGCAAAGAAAUGUGAAUCUCUUCGAGACCUCGAACGGGAAUCAGAGUGGACGGACAACCGAUAG